CCUCCAUUCUCCACCGCGCCCCAACCUCGAAGAGUUCCGAAGUUUCCACACCCUCAAAGCGAAGCAGCAUGAGUUCCACCGGAGGCAGCGGCCGUGGGAAGGCGAAGCCAGCGACCAAGUCUGUGUCGCGGUCUUCCAAGGCUGGGCUCCAGUUCCCCGUCGGCCGCAUCGCGCGGUACCUCAAGGCCGGCAAGUACGCGGAGCGCGUAGGCGCCGGGGCUCCCGUGUACCUCUCCGCCGUCCUCGAGUACCUCGCCGCCGAGGUGCUGGAGCUGGCCGGGAACGCUGCUCGGGACAACAAGAAGAACCGGAUCGUGCCGCGCCACAUUCAGCUGGCGGUGCGGAACGACGAGGAGCUGAGCAAGCUUCUGGGCACUGUGACGAUCGCGGCCGGCGGCGUGAUGCCUAACAUCCACCAAAAUUUGCUGCCUAAGAAGGCUGGUCACAAGGGGGACAUCGGCUCCGCCUCCCAGGAGUUCUGAACGCGUCUUCGGAAGGAGGAGAGACGCGUGGUGAUGUUUGGGCUUUGCGGUUUUGGGGCUGUUGUCGAUGGGUUUGAGACUGAUGGUUUGUGGGAUGUAAACAAAUGCAGCGCGUUGUUUCAUGAAUGAACGGAUGAAGAUGAAUGAUGGAUAGAAGAAAGUAUUUAUUCA